GUGACUAAUUUACUUGUACCGGCUGUGUACACUGAUAAGACACAAGAGUGUACAAUUGCCGGUAUACCACAACACAUUAAGUGGUAUGCCGGAUGCCUAAAGAGGAGGGUUUGCGCUCAUGUUUAUUGAUGGUCGAUAUAGUCUUCCCUCACACUAUAAGCAGCGUACAGGAUCAAUCUGCUACUAGACAUCACAGUCGCGUGAGGCAUACCGAGUGAACCCUGUCAUCCCUGUUCUCCCAAACUUGGAGCUGCUUGCCUGGAUAUCAUAGCCCAGCAGGACACCUUCAACAGACGUCUCUUUAGUCCAGUCAGUCAGGAAAGCAAGUAUGCUAGGAUACAUCACCAGGUCAAAGCUUGUCGCAAUGUUGUGGUUGGCAUGUGUGAUAACAACUGUUCUGUACAUUGCUUCAAGCAGAAAUAAGCCCAUGAAACAAAAUACCAUGGUGCUGGUCGACACACAUAAGAAAGAACACCGUGACGGAAGUCCACAGUCCGGAGAGCAGGACAAAGUCCGGACAAUCUCAGGUACCUCGGAGCAUGUCUUGCUCGUGCUUUUCUCCACGUGGAUUAACAAAAAGGGGAAAGAGCACGUGCAGCGUAGUGUGCUUGGAACAUGGCGGACCUGGCUGACGCACAUCAAACCAGUGUUGCUGACGGACGACCCGGGUGCAAGGCUGAACGCUGAGAAGUCCGGGUGGCAGGUGAGGGGGGUGGGGGAGACAGGGUGUGGCAAUACCAGCAUGCCCACUCUGAGAGGCAUGUUCAAUGACAUUAUCGCACAGUAUAAAGGAACCGCAGACCUAUUUGGGUUUGCAAACGGUGAUCUGGUUUUUGACGAUGGCCUGCUUACCACAAUGCAGGCACUUGUUAAACAGGAGAGGGAUGUAUUGAGGUCACGGCCUGUGAUGGUGUUGGGUAAGAGGACGAACGUGGACAUGAAGGGCAACGUCACUGUCACCGACGUCAGUCAGGUGAAAGGUCACGCAUCACGUGGACGCUACCCCGGAGAGGGUUCUUCUGACUUCUUCUUCACGAAUCACCUGUUUCCGUGGGAUCGCGUACCAGAGAUUGUCAUUGGACGAGUAGGAUUCGGAAUGUGGAUUGUGGCAUAUGCGCGAGCGAAUAACGUGACCCUUUAUGACGUCACGAAGACUGUGACUGCAAUUCAUAUGACGACAAAAGAAGGUAUUUUUGAAUCCGGUAAAAGUGCCAAUGCUUGGUGUAAUCAUAAGUUGGUAAACGCCAAUCACAUGCCGCCAAAGAACUAUGCGUGUGGUUGGAUUAAUUGUGCAAGGAGACGUUCCAUGUACUCGGCCGACGGCUCUGUUACCUUCACUGAUGUUAAAAACAGUACCCUAAUGAAAGGAUGUCAUUUGUGUGGAUAUAACUAAAAUUGAUAUAUACUCUUAAAAAAAGAAACUUGACACUGACUUUCAAAAUGUAAUAU